AUGGGCCUAGCCUGCAUUUCUCAGUCGGGAGACAACCUUGGAAGCGGCUUCAAUUUGUUCACGGUCUUCCAAAUGUCAUAUGCCUCCAUUUACUGGGUUGAUCACCUUCAGGAUAGCGGGUGUGGACAAGCAUUGAUCUCUAAUUUUGAGGAGGGAGGCGUAGUGGAUAUAUUUCUACAACAAAAGUAUAUUCACUGGCUAUUGAGAAGCAUUAAGUAUUAUGGAACAUGUCUCGAAAGGUAUAAUGGCGAUCAAGCAGAAUCAGAUACCUUUCGAAGUCGAGUUCAGGAUGUCUGUCGAUUCAUCAAAUUCCAUAGAGUGGCCAUUGAGAGCAGUCCUCUUCAAAUAUAUGCCUCAUGCCUUAUCUUCAGCCCAGUGAACAGUCUUACAAGGAUUUGCUAUCAAUGA